AUGAGUGAGGUUCCGGUUGAGGAGACAAAGACCUCCGCCGUCGAUUCAGCCAAGUCCUUUAUCGCGGGUGGCUUUGGAGGCGUCUCCGCUGUUCUUGUUGGUCAUCCCUUUGACCUAACCAAGACACGUUUGCAGACCGCCCCCAGCGGUUUAUAUACCGGAGCGAUAGAUGUUGUGAAAAAGACGGUCGCGAAAGAUGGUAUAAGCGGCAUGUACCGAGGCAUGGUCCCCCCAUUGCUUGGUGUUACGCCGAUAUUCGCCAUGUCGUUUUGGGCCUAUGACGCGUCGAAAAAGCUCAUUCUGGCAGCAACACCCAAUAGGACAUCUGAUGUUUUGUCUACUCCUGAGCUUGCCGCUGCUGGUUUCCUCUCGGCAGUACCAACGACCCUCGUGACGGCGCCAGUUGAACGCGCCAAAGUCUUGUUGCAGGUGCAAGGCCAAGGCGGUAGCGAGCAGAAAUACAAGGGCGUAUUCGAUGUUAUGAAGCACCUUUAUCGCGAAGGAGGAAUGAAGAGUAUCUUCAGAGGCGCUGGGGCCACCCUCGCUCGUGAUGGUCCUGGAAGUGCAGCGUAUUUUGCGGCUUACGAGGUCACGAAGAAGGCGUUAACCCCCGCUGGGUCAUCACCCUCCGAGCUUAACCUUGGUGCGAUUAUCGUGGCGGGCGGAACCGCUGGCGUAGCCAUGUGGGCUCUCGCAAUUCCCCCUGAUGUUCUCAAAUCAAGACUUCAAUCCGCGCCAACAGGAACAUAUAAUGGUCUGAUAGAUUGCGCACGAAAAACCAUUGCGCAGGAUGGUGUACAAGCCCUCUGGAAAGGAUUUGGUCCAGCGAUGGGAAGGGCAUUCCCUGCUAAUGCUGCUACUUUCCUUGGGGUCGAAGCGUCCAGAUAUGUCAUGGACAAAUUCUUCUAG